UCCAACUGGGACGACUUCUGCUUUGGAAGAUCUUGGUGGAGGAGGCGUGUGAUUUCAGUCAAACUUAAUCAAAGUAUUUAUUUUCAAUUUUGUUUCAGGAUGACCUUUCCGGGGUUUUUACUUGGGGGUUCAUUUUUACCCUCAUUUCAGCUUUUAUUGUUUGGUCUUUAAGGAAAAAAAAACUAAACUAAUAGUACGUUAGUGCAUUCAUGAGCAGAAAGGGUAAAAAUCUUUUUUUUUUACCAACUAUUUAUUUAAAAUAAAGCUUAAAUGAAGAAGAAAGGAGGGGAUAAGUGAAAUGAACUCUUUUUAUAGUCAGGUAUUUACAUUAACUGUAUAUGAGAACUGGACUGAGCGACCUCCUCCACUCAGGACGUCAACAUCCCAUAGAUUUUUAUUUCGAAAUAAACAUGUAUUACUAAGUCAUUAUAUUUCUUAGAAUAACUAUUCAUGCUUUGCCACCUUUUACGCCGCCUUCUUGCUAAGUCUGAUAGUUUUGAUAUAUUUUUUUUUUUUCUGUGAGUUAUUCAAGUUAUAAACUGGCCAAUCAGAUACUUCAAUAGAAGUAGGCGGUGCCUACUGGCCCCACGUGGAACGUUCCAAACAUUAAUGGGGUCCGGUGUGAACAAGCUUACUCCUGAUUGACCGCGGUUACCGUAGAAACAUUGACUCAGACAGAGUCAGACGUCGUCUGGCCCCAACAUGGCGACGUCCAUAAUGCAAAAAAAAAAAAAAAUGACCUCAUUACAAUUCAUAGUGUAAUUAUAUUCUUUUUAGCAAAUUAUUUUUGAAUUGUCAUAUUGUGUCCAGCAUUUAUAAUUAAUUUUUUAUUAAAUUAAAUAAAAACGAGAAUCAGUGCACUGAAUUUCAACUUUAUAAACAAAAAAUAUAUAUAUAUUUUUUUAUUAUAUUUAAUAAAUUUGAAUAAAUAAAGAAAAAGAAAAAUGUAUACUGAUGCCAAAAAAACAGCCGUGGGUGAAAUUGAAGGAAUUAAAAAAGAGAGACACCUUGUUGUCAGCAAACAUUUCCAAAUCUUCCCAUCUCCUUCCACUGUCCUCGUCUUCCAGCGUGACAUCUCUCCUUGUUGUCUCUCGAUGUUUCAUUCUCCGCUGUCAUGUGUCCUCCAGGCAACUCUCCAGUUCUGCGUUGUCAAACCCAUCAUGGCAGUCAUCACCAUCAUCCUGCAGGCCUUUGGCAAAUAUCACGACGGAGAUUUUAAUGUAAAUGGAGGAUACCUGUACAUCACAAUCAUCUACAACUUCUCCGUCAGUCUGGCCCUCUACGCUCUCUUCCUCUUCUUUUUUGCCACAAGCGACCUGCUGAGACCGUAUGAACCGGUGCUCAAGUUCCUCACCAUCAAAUCUGUCAUCUUCUUAUCCUUCUGGCAAGGAAUGGUCCUCGCCAUCCUGGAGCGCUGCAGCGUCAUUCCCAACGCGCUGUUCAUCGACGGGCACGAGGUGGGCGCCGGCACGGUGGCGGCGGGCUGGCAGAACUUCAUCAUCUGCAUAGAAAUGUUCUUUGCGGCCAUCGCCCUCAGAUACGCCUUCACCUGCACCGUCUACCAGGAGAAGAAGAACGAUGUGCCAGAGAGCAUCCCCCCGAUGCAGAGCAUCUCCAGCGGCCUGAAGGAGACCAUCAACCCCGGAGACAUGGUGCAGGACGCCAUCCACAACUUCUCACCUGCCUAUCAGCAGUACACCCAGCAAUCCACGCAAGACGUCACCCAGCAGCACGGCACCAACGGGAAAGUCUCCACGGGCACCAAGGGCUCCCGCAAGUCAGACAAAAUCAUGCUGAUUACAUCUGAUGAUGAGCUCUAGGCCAUUUUCCAUCAACAUCCAAGUGUCUGUGCCCUUCCCGCUCUUAUCUUUGACCCCCCCAUCCGAGGAAACCGCAUAUCUCACAAGCUGGAUUGAACCCAGGUGUUUAAUUUUCAUCGUCUUAGUAUUUAAGGUGGACCGCCCGGUUCUGUCCGGCUUCAAAGGUAAUUUAAGAACCAAGAGAAGGAUGAAGUUUAACAGAUUCAGAAUCGGCGGCGAUCUGAUCCGUCUCCGUCUUGCAGCGAUAAUCAGGAAAAUGACAUGUCGCCUCCACUUCAUCAAACGGCUCCGGAGCCUCGGCGUCUCCUUUAAAUCAAGCUGUCGGAUGUACAGCUGCGCCCCGCGUGCCGGUCCCGUCAUCGUCUCGAUGGCACUGCCGCUCAGCGGCCGUCCGGCGAGUUGAAUCGCUUCAAAGAGCGGCGUGGAGCGUUCCUCGCCAUUCCUUUUGUCUGGUAUUAACGGAGCUCCUCCCUGCAUGGACAGACAGAUAUUAGAUCUGGAGCAGGUACUUCAAACUGCAAGAGAUGCUCCACCAUCAUUUGGAUAAACUUCUCUCAUCAGACUGGAUGCAGCUGAAGCGGACAGAUGCUCGUGAUUAGAGUUUGACAGCUUUUGCACUGUUUUGACUGCAGCUGCCGACGCCGUCAACCACAUGUCAACGCCGAUUAAAGGAGGAGGAAAUAUGUGCGAAAUUUGAUUAGUGUCAAUUGUGCCGUUUUACUUGUGUAAAUAAUGUUUUGGCUUAUCAAGCGUUUUAAUCUUGUCGUAUUUAUUUCUUUAACUCCAGAGAGACUCAAUUUGAAGUGUUGAUAUAAGUCAAUCAAAACUUGAAGCUUUCUUCAUUUUUUUUUUUUUUUUGUAACCCUCUUUUGCCAACUUUAGCUGUGUUUUGUCAGAAUUCACCCGUGUAUUCAUUGUUUUUUGUGCAAAAUAAAAUUCAGUUGUGACAAACAUUUUUGAAGGGAACAAAAAGGAGCUUUAUUGUGACGUAAAAAA